GGUCUGCUUCUUUCCUUUCAUACAAGAAAAUGAUAAAGAUUUGGGAUAAAUUAUGUCACUUAUUAGCGAUAUUUCCGACACAACAUCGUUCAAGGAAGAAUCGAUCACUAACAGUGCUCUUUGGAGCUUCAAUCCUGAUCUUUACAGCUAUUAUUUUCAUGUUACCCUCUAUUUCCCCAUCAGUAAUGAAUCCCAUUCUUCAAAAUAAAGUUAAUAAGUUCUAUCUCAAAUUUCAUUUCUCCCGUUGGCCUUUAUAGUACUGGUAACAGCAAUGCUACUUCUGGUUCUAGUUCUAUCUCUUCUUCUUUUUCUCCAGUAACAUUGAUAACAAAUCACACAGAAAACAGUUUUAAUGUUGUCGACAAUGAUAGUCCUAGUGUGGGAGAGUCGAUGGUUGCAGAAGACAAUUUGAUUGCGCCCCCAAGUAAAUCUUCUAUAGAAAAUGGUGAUGAGGAUCUGUUUGAUAGUGAAUGUGAUAUUUUUGAUGGAGAAUGGGUGAGGGACGAGAAUAGAAAACAGUACUAUCCUCCAGGUUCUUGCCCAUUUCUCGGUAGACAUUCUUUCGAGUGUUACAAAAAUGGAAGACCUGAUGAUCAGUACCUCCAGUGGCAAUGGCAGUGGCCAUCUGUGCAAACAAAUGCAAGGUGUAACAACAUCCCCAGAAUCCUCAAUGGAACAGAUUUCCUGGAGAGGUUAAGGGGGAAAAAAUUGGUAUUUGCUGGGGAUCCAUUGAAUUAUAAUAUGUAUGCUUCUUUGUCGUGUAUCCUCUGGAAUGCCGUCCCAGAUAAAAGCAGAGUUUAUCCGCUACCCAGGAAUACCGAAUUCAAGUCCAGAGGAGAUUUUUCAUUAAUAUAUGAGGACUACAAUUGUACUAUAGCAUUUGUGUGGUCUGCCUUCCUUGUCUAUGAAUCUAAAAAGGAUCGUAACCGAAAUGUUCUAAAACCGGAGCGAGAUGUUAUAAGGUUGGACGUGAUUGAUAAGCUCGAGUCAUCGGUGUACAGCGAUGCUGAUGUCGUUAUUUUUGAUUCAUUUCAUUGGUGGGUUGAUGGGAAAACUAAUAAUGGAGUCAACUAUUUUCAAGAAGGUAAUUACCUGCACCAAAAAAUGGAGAUGCUUAAAGCAUACAAGAAGGGUCUUACUACUUGGAGGAAAUGGAUCGACAAGAAUAUUGAUUCCAACAGAACACAAGUUGUUUUCCGGGGAUAUUCGGAAACCCAUUACGUGUGAAGAUACUUGAAAAAACUCUUCAAAAAAUGAAGACUCCUGUUUUAUAUUUGAACGUCAGUAAACUUAGUUACUAUCGAGCAGAUGCACACCCUUCUGUGUAUGCGAAAAAUUACACUAUUCAAGAGAGGAUCGCAGCUUUGGGUCAUCAAGAUUGUAGCCACUGGUGUUUACCAGGUGUACCUGAUACAUGGAAAGAGUUGUUGUAUAUUUCUCUGCUGAAAGCUGGUAAAGGAACUUUUGGCAGUCGAAAUUAAUAAAGGGAAAAAUAUCGUUUGGUCCUUUUUUAGGUGA